AUGAACGCAAUUCAAGGUACUCAUCAAGACGGCGCGGGCAAUGUUCCCACCCAACACGAUCACUAUGGAGCUUUCCAGACCGAGAUCUAUCGCAAGGGAAUGUAUGACAAUGUCGUUCCCACCGUCACAACCAACCCAAACAAGCUCGAGGAACAAGCAAAGGAAGCCAUGAAUCGUAGAAGCUAUAACUACGUCGGUGGAGGUGCUGGAGAGGGCGCUACCAUGGACGCAAACCGCCUAGCCUUCAGGACUUGGAAGAUGGUACCACGCAUGCUUCGUGACACGACCCACCGAAGCCUCAAGACGACAAUCUUGGGCAAGGAAUAUCCCACGCCUUGUCUCGUAGCUCCUGUCGGUGUCCAGUCGAUUUUCCACGAAGACAAGGAGACUGGAGUUGCUGAGAUUGCAGCUGAAAUCGGAGUGCCUUACAUCCUUUCGACUGCAUCCUCGUCUACAAUCGAGGAGGUUGCCAAAGCCAAUGGCGAUGGCCACAGAUGGUUUCAACUCUAUUGGCCUCACGACAAAGCUAUAACCGAGAGCAUGCUCAAAAGAGCGAAGAAUUCUGGUUACGAAGUGUUGGUCGUCACACUAGAUACUUGGUCUCUCAGCUGGAGACCUCUCGAUCUCGAUCUGUGNGGUGCUUACGUGCCAUUCAUGAAGGGUAUUGGAGAUGCCAUCGGUUUCUCUGACCCUGUCUUCCGUCGACAGUUCAAGGAAAAGCACAACAAAGAGGUAGAGGACGACAUUCACGAUGCUGCGCUUGAGUGGCAAAGCAAGGUAUUCCCUGGUGCUGCUCAUACCUGGGACGAAGUGCAGCACUUGAAGGAUAACUGGGAUGGUCCUAUCGUCCUCAAGGGUAUCCAACAUGUGGAGGAUGCCCGAAAAGCGGUAGAAGUUGGUGUUCAAGGCAUCGUCGUCAGCAAUCACGGGGGCAGGCAGUUAGAUGGAGCGAUUGGCAGCCUCGAAGUCCUGCCAGAGAUUGUCGAGGCAGUUGGUGACAAGAUCGAUGUUCUGUUCGACAGCGGCAUCAGAACCGGUGUCGACAUUAUCAAAGCACUCUCUCUUGGAGCCAAGGGUGUCCUUAUCGGGCGUCCUUGGGUCUACGGCCUGGGUAUCAGCGGCAAGGCGGGAGCCAAAGAUGCUCUCCGUGGUAUAUUAGCGAGCAUGGGACUUGCUGGUAUUUCAAAGAUUGCCGAGUGUGACAAAAGUAUGCUUCGUCGUACUUUCUAUCCUGGAGACAGACACUCUAACAACUAG